AUGUCUCUGCCUCGAUCGCCUUCCCCCAGUCCAGGGAAAGGGUGGUCUAGCCCCAGAUUAACCUCAGGCAGUGGCAGGUCAACACCCUACAUCAGCCUCUACCCACCCAAUCCGUUAGACCCAUGGCUAGUCGCCAAAGCAAAGAGCGAAGAUGUCCGUGGUUAUCCAUCCUUUUCUACCAGGAAAAGCGGGUUCUUCUUGCGCUUCAAGCGUCAAAUCAUUGAAACACUUCCAAAGUUCAAUAUGUGGUCUCGGCCUCCGAAGGAGUACACUGAGAAAGAUGACUCCAUAUAUAGGCGUGGACGCGGCUGGCGUUCAUUAUGGUUUGGGCGGACAGCAUUGCGGCGUAGAAGAUCACGGCUCUUCCUUGCUUUGUUUCUCUUGUUGUUUGGGUAUCUAUUUCUCUGGACGUCCUUUGUCGAACUCUUCAGGCGGUCUAUCUUCGGGAGCGGACAGAAGUUUGUGAUAAUACUUCAAUCGAAUACCGAGGGUGGAGUCAUGGAGUGGAAAGGUGCAAGAGAAUGGGCUAUUGAGCGAAACAGUAUCUCGAAUAAGAAAGAAUAUGCUAAACGAUGGGGGUAUAAACUGGAGGUUGUUAACAUGCUAGCAAAGAAGCGCUACUCUCAUGAAUGGCGUGAGGGGUGGGAGAAAGUCGAUAUCCUACGUGAGACCAUGAAGAAAUACCCAACCGCAGAAUGGUUCUGGUGGCUCGACCUCAACACUUAUAUCAUGGAAAACUCGUACUCACUUGAGGAUCACCUAUUUGAUCGCCUUGAUGAGGUUGUUUAUCGCGACAUUAACGAGUACAAUCCCCUAAACAUCACACAUCCGCCAACCCAGCCAUACCUUGAUGAAGUAUCUCGCUCGGCCAUUGGUGACAAUGACCCAGGCUCAAUCCAUCUUCUGCUCUCUCAAGACUGUGGCGGCUUCAAUCUUGGCUCCUUCUUUGUUCACCGAUCUCUAUUCUCAGAGCGGCUACUAGACACAUGGUGGGACCCUGUGAUGUACGAGCAGCGGCAUAUGCAGUGGGAACACAAGGAGCAAGACGCCCUCGAGUACCUGUAUAUAAACCAGCCGUGGAUACGCAGCAGUGUCGCCUUCGCUCCACAGCGGUACUUCAAUUCGUUUCCUCCUGGGGCUUGCGGAGACUCCCUUGACCCGAUGGUUCACUAUACACCAGAUGCGCGAGAUUUUGUUGUUAACAUGGCUGGCUGUGAUUUUGGUCGCGACUGCUGGGAUGAGAUGUACCAGUACCGGGAAUACAGCAAGUGGCUGAACCGGCCAAUAUGGGAGCGCCUCAGGGAUCGCUAUCUUGAAUUGUAUCAUGCGCUAUUCGGCGAAGGAGAGGGGCCUGGAUAUUUCGUCGACACAGUUCAAGGGUAUUAA